AUGUUUUAUUAUGUUGGAGGCGAUAAAUAAAGUAAAAACUUUUUGAAAGGACAUAUUAGUGAUAUGUAAUUUAUCUCUUAUUGCACAACUCCUAUUAUAACACUAUCCCCUAACUGUCAUUAUUCAUGUCUCACUUGUGAUGGUCCGAAUAGUAAUAACUGUUUAUCUUGUCCAUUAAAUAGUCAACGAAUCUAAUCUGUAACUUAAAAGAUUUGUGCUUGCAAAAGGAGAUAUUUAGAUAUUGAAAAUGAACCAAUUUGCAAAACAGUGUAAAAAAUCUUUCCAUAAAUGACGGAAGUGGAAUUGGAGUUAAAUUGUGAUUCUCAAGGUUUUGAUAUUUGUACUAAAGAAAAAAGAGAAU